CAUUUCCGGUAUUACGGGGCAAUUAACGAAACGUAACGACUAUAUUAUUGUUUUCAAUGGUAAAUUAAGUCAUUUAACCAAUGCGUAAGUAUUUAUUGGGGUAUUGUAGAACUUUUGGGAGGUGAAUGAGCGAGAAGGAAUGCCUCUACGUGGCAGUGGGUGUGUCAAACCAAGGCUCACCAGGGUUCUAAUUAGGCAAAGGGAGCCAACCCGUACAACUGUUUUUAAAAGGAGAAUCGUUCCGCAAAAAUAAACAAAAUUUAAAUAAUAAACUCUAGUAAUGUUUGGACGUGACGGGUGUUCUCCUACAGCAAUUAAAAAAGUCAAAAGUUGUGAUUUAAAAGGUGUGGGAGGAGCACCUCCCAGAGUCCCGACUCCUCCUUCGCGCGGUACCCGGGGGCGGAGAGCCUCAGUCCGGCUACGUGUAUCGAGUCGAGUCGGCCCUCUCUAAUAAACAAUAUGGCACCCUGCGCGUUGUCGCUUCUAGUUGUGCUUCUCGGCUUAACUUCGGUCCACUGCCAAUAUGAAAAGUACAGCUUCCGGAGCUUCCCCAGAAGUGAACUCAUGCCGCUGGAGUCUGCUUAUAAGUACGCGCUGGAACAGUACACGGCCGAGAAAUGGGGGGACACGGUGGAGUACAUAGAAGUGUCCCUUCGCCUCUACCGGCUGCUGCGGGACAGCGAGGCCUUUUGCAACCUCAACUGCAGCUCGGUGCGCCGGGAAGACGAGAGUAAGUUUGCGGAGUUCCCGGAGUUACGAGCCUUCGGUAACGUGUUACUGAGGGCACAGUGUUUGAAACGCUGCAAGCAAGGACUGCCCGCCUUCAGGCAGACCCUACCCAGCCGAGAGACCCUGGACGAGUUCGAGAGCAGGGAGCCCUACCGGUACCUGCAGUACGCCUACUUUAAGACCGACAGGCUGGCCAAAGCCGUGUCAGCCGCUCACACCUUCUUGCUAAAGCAUCCAAAUGACGAGAUGAUGCAGAAAAACAUGGCCUACUACAAAAGCCUACCAGGGGCUGAAGAGCAUCUUAAAGAUCUGGAGACCAAAUCCUACGAGAUGCUGUUCGUUCGUGCCGUUCGGGCGUACAACGGCGACAACUUCCGGACGUCGGUGUCCGACAUGGAACUGGCUCUUCGUGACUUCUUCAAGGUCUAUGAUGAGUGCUUGGCCGCCUCGGAAGGGCCCAGGGACGUCAAGGAAUUCAAGGACUUUUACGCCAAUAUAGCUGAUCACUACACGGAGGUCCUGGAGCGAAAAGUGCAGUGCGAGAGCGACCUAACCCCCGUGGUGGGUGGUUUUGUGGUGGACAAGUUUGUGGCUACCAUGUACCAUUACCUACAGUUUGCCUACUACAAGCUUAAGGACUUGAAGAACGCAGUGCCGUGCGCCACCAGCUACCUUCUCUUCGACCCCACUGAUGAGGUGAUGAACAACAACGUGGCUUACUACAAGUUCCACAAGGACAAGUGGGAGCUGACCGAUGAAGACUUCCUACCCAGAGCGGAAGCGAUACGCUACUUCAACCAGACCACCAUGCAGAUGGAAAUGUUGGACUUCUCCAGGAAGCAUCUAGCUAGUGAUGAUGAGGGUGAGGUGGUGGAGUUUAUAGAUGAGUUUCUCGAACCCUGAGGCAAAUCACACACACACAUCCUAUAUUUAUUGAAACAUUUUCCAUCCUCAUGAUUUUACGGUUGUGCUGGGUAAGUGUUGAAAUAUUUGAACUUGCUGUUACAUGGACGAAUACAUCCGCUGUGAAUUGUUUUAUAAUAAAAAAAAAAAAAAAAAAAAA